AUACCUGUAUGUACAUAUGUUUAUAGAUAUAUCUGUGCACACAUAUGUACCCACAUAUUCAUGCACAUAUAUGCCUAUAUACGUAUCUGUGUAACUACACACAUAUUUUUUGGUUGUUGUUGGUAGAUUAAUUCCUAAAGCAGUUUAUGAUAUAGAUAACUUGGAUUUGGGAGAAGAGUGAAAGGUCAAGGAUCAGGACUUGAAUCAGGAAGACCAGUUAGCAGGUUUUUGCAAGAAUAAAUUGAUAAGGGCCUAGGUCAGAACAGUGGCAUUGGAGAUACAAGGAUGCAUUUGGAUUAUAUCAAGGAGAUAAUCUGUCGAACCUGUUGACUAGAUUUAGAAGGAUAGGAAGAAAUUGAGGAAGUUAUCCUGGCUUGAGUGAGGUCAUUUACUAACAUGAACAGAUAUUGCUUUCCUGUCUCUCUCGUAGUUAUGACUUAUUCUUGCCUUUGCUUCUCCUCUUUGUCUGCUACUUAAACCUACCUGUUCUUUACAUCUUGCUUGUUUUUUUCUCAUUCUAUGACUCUCAUGACUUUUAUUUCCUGUGAACAAAUUUCCUGUAUGCUGUAUCUUAAAUCUACAUUUUUAGUCCUAACUUAACUGAGCUCCAGAACCAUCUAUUCAGCUGCACUCUAGGCAUGAGUAUCCUAUAGCAGUGAUUGUAAAAGUUGAUUUGAGGAACCCCUGGGAGGCUCCUUGAAAACUUUUCAGGGGGUCUACAAGGCCAAAACUAUUUUCAUAACAAUAGUAAGACUUGAUCUGCUGUUUCCACUAUAUAUAUGAGUAUAUAGUAGAGUUUUCCAGAGGCUACCUAACGUGGGUUAUCACAACAGAUUGGACGCAGAAGCAGAUGUAAAAAUCCUACUGCUUUCUGAUAAGCCAGAGAUUAAAGAUAUUUGCAAAGAUGUGAAACAAUGCCAUGCUUCUGAGUAAAUUUUUUUUGUGUUUUGGAAAUUACAGUUUUUUAAAUAUAUAUAUAAUUUAUGUUAACAUGUAACAGUUUAUUAUUUUUAAAUGAAUUAAUAAAGUUUUUUCAGUUUAAAUUUCUAGUAUGGUAAAUAUUUAUAGAUAUAAACAAAAGCUGUUUGGGGUUCUCAGUAAUUUUUUAAGCGUGUAAAAGGGGUCUUGAAACCAAAAAAUUUUGAGAAUUGCUAUCUUAUAGUAACAUCAACCUUAACAUAGCCCAAACUCAACUCCUUAUCUUUCACAUACUUUUCAAAUUUGAUUUUUGUCUUCUAUUUCCUGUCUUAGUAAAUGGUACCUAAAUGGGUCUACCCAGAAGUCUUUAGGUCAUCCUUUAUUCUUCUUCCUUUUCUUACUCAGUUGAUAAUAGUAAUCACUAACAUUUAUUGAAUACUACCCAUGUGUCAGGUAUUGUUCUUAUUUCGUUACAUCCAUUUUCUUCUUAAAGCCUCACAACAAUGGUGUAGGUAUUAAUACUUAUCCCUAUUUUACAGAUAAGGAAAUGAGGCACAGAGUAGUUAAGUACUGUGCCCAUGGUCAUACAGCUCUAGUAAGUUGCAGAACAAAGAUUGGAAUCUAGUCUUUGAACCUGCACUUUUUUGUUCUGGAACAGUUUAAGAUUGAUAUGUUUCUUAAGGUUGGUAAUAUUCCCUGUAAAGUCAUGUGGGCCUAGUUCUUUUUAGAGGGGUAAAUCUUUGAGCACCUUUUCAGUUUCUUCUAUUGUUAUUUUACUAUAGGACACUCUACCAUGAGCUUAUUUUGGUAAAUUAUAUUUUAUAGACCAGGGGCCAGAAAACUACAGCCGGCAGGCCAAAUCUGUCCCACUCUGUUUUCAUAUGUAAAGUUUUAUUAGAACACAACCAUACACAUUCUUUUAUGUGUUGUCUCUGGCUACUUUUGUGCUACAAUGGCAGAACUGAGUAGUUGCGACAGACUGUACAGCCCACAAAGCUUAAGAUGUUUACUAUCUGGUCCUUACAGAAAAAAUUUACUGACCCUUUUAUAGAACGCUGUUAACUUUAGCUGGGUUUUCUGUUUUAUUGGUAUAGAUUGUACAUGGGUAUUUUUUUUGUUUUUUUGUCUUUCUGAAAUCGUCUCUAAAUCUGAAGCUAUAUCUUCAUUUUUUAUUCCUGAUUGUUUGGGACUACGAAAAUCUUGUCUGAUUUACGGGUAACAUUGUGUUGGUGGUCGAUCUUUUCGCGUGCUCUGCAGCAAUUUAAAUAGCGUGAAACUUAGAGAUAUCUGUUUCUGAAAAGUAUGGUAGUUUGAAAAAGAAUAUAAAACAGUAUGGUAAUAUCAGUCAGUGCAACCAUCUGGUCCUGCUGGGUGCUCUGAUAAAUUUCUCUGUUUCUUCUGUGCCAAGUAAUUAAUUAAUUAAUCUAUUUAGAUUUCCUGCCUCUUCUGGGGUCAAUGUCAAGUCAUUUCUUCCUUCAGCAUUUUAAAUUAUUUAUAGAGAUGAGCCUCAAGGAAUAUCUUACUAUUAGAAAAUCAACUCUUAUUUUUCCAUGUUUAUUUUUUUGAAAUUAGGCUAGCUAAUAGUUUUUUUAUUUUAUAGAACCAUGCCUUAGAUUUAUUGGUUCACUUUUAAAGUCAUUGUUUCUACUUUUAUGUUUAGUAAUUCCUUCCUUCUGCUUCUUUUAGUUUUUUAACUUCCUGAGUUGAAUGCUUUAUAUCCAUUCUUAUUUGUUGUAAAUAAUUAAGGCUAUGAAUUUUUCUUUGAAUACUGUACCUUAAAAUUUAUUGUAUGUAGUGUUGUCACUAUUAUUGAUAACUGCAGUUUUAGUAUUUAUUUCCUCUUCAACUCAAGAUUCAUUUGAGGUUUUAUUUGCUACUUUGUUGUUUAAUUAUAUUGCGUUGUAAUCCAGAAAUAUCAUCUGUAUUCUACUUUUUGUAGUUUAUUGAUGUUUUCUUUAGUUCUCUAUGUAUGUGUGUAUGUAUUUAACUUUGAUGACUGUCUUAUGGGUAUUUGUCAAAAAGGUGUUACACUGUUUUCAGAGCAUAUGGUUUUGCUUUUUUCUCAGUUUUUCUCUUAUUGUCUCAAUUUGGUUUACAUAUUUUAUUGCUGUGAGAUUUAGUAUAUAAAGGUUCUUCGCUGGUCAUAUCUUUCUAGUUGGUUGUUUUAUCAAUAUGAAAUAUCUUUUAUCCUUUUUAAUGCUUUUCUCCUUACAAUUUUUUUGGCUAAUAUUUAAUAUUGCUUUUAUUUUAUUUUUGUUGGCAUUUCUUGGUGGUUUAUCUUUAUACUUUUUUUUUUUUAAAUCUUUCUUGUGUUGCUUUGUUUCAAGAGUGAUUUUUGCAAAGUGUAUUGCUGAAGUUUAUUUUUUCUUCUCUUAACUCAGUUUAAGAGCCUUUGUCUUUUAACAAGUGAGUUUAACUCAUUCACAAUUAUUGUGAUUACACAUGUUUUGGGGUUUAUUCUUGUUAUCCUAUUUUGUAUUUUAUACUAACCACAUCUUUGAAGUAGUUAUUUUUAUUUUAUUUCCUGUGCCUGUUGAAUGGAUCAAGUUUUCUUAUGUUCAUUUUUGCCCUGUCAGUGGUUUGGGUAUUUACUGAAGUAAUUGCCUUAAAUUUUAUCUGUGGGAACACAAUAGUCAAAAUUGUUAAGUAUUUAUAUCUUAUCUGGCAACCCCACUUGUAGUCCCUGCCCUGUACCCUCUAUUAGCUUCUCCUUUAGUUCUUACUACCACAUCCCAUGUUUAUAUCUGAGAUUUUAAUUCAGAUUAUUUAGUUUAGUUUUAUUAUCAUUACUUGGAUAUUUUUAAUGUUUUUACCGGUCUUAGUGAAGUUUUCUGGCCCCAGAAAUGAAUCUCAGCCUUGUUUUCUACAUGGCAUUUUACUGAUGAGAGUGCAGAGGUUCUUUGCGUUCAAGGUAGGGGUAGAGUUGCUGAGUGACAGAUACAGAUACUGCUCCUAGACUCCUAGUCACUUUUUAUUGAGUGUUAAGUUUCUGUCACAUGUCUUCAUGUAGUUCAUUCACAGUGUUUGCAUACAGGUUAUCUUCUAAUUUCUUGAAUAUAUUAAAGAAGAUUUUCCUGUUGCUUUCUCACAUAAAUAACACCUUGUUUAGGUAUAAAAGUGUUGUUACAAUCUUUUCUUUUAAGACUGUUCAGUUUUUUUAGGAAUAGUGUGGCAAACAAGCCUGCCUUAUAGCAGUAGGGAUCUGUAACACCUUAAGCUUACCUUCACUUGGCCAAAUACCAUUGUGAGUCCAGUACUAAGCAUGAAGAAGCUGAGUUAGAGUUUCUGUGUUCCUGUAAUUUCAUAGUUACGUAUACUUUAUCUUUCUUUGGUUUCAGGGUUAUUUUAGAAUAUUUUAGUGCUUAUUGUCUUUAUGAAAUAAGUAUUUUUGGUAGGUAAGAUUUGCUUAGUACUAAGUGAGGAAACAAAGGAGUAAACAUUAUUGCUACUUUCUGGGAGUGUUAGUUUUUCUGGGAGACACAAUUUUAUACACAAAGUCAUUAUACCUAGAAGUCACUUGGCUCAAAUUGUUAAUAGGCUUGUCAGGGAGCUUCAGGGAAAAUAGAUAAAAUUCCAAGCAACAGAUGGAAUGUUUGUAGUGUUUCGAUGUAAUUCUUUCUGAACUAUAAUUUGCUUGUAUUACUUUAGAAAAAUUGAAGAAUCAUGUUGAAAAAAUAAGAGGCUAAGAUCAUAUAUUAAGAAGUAUUGAUAUUUGUGAUAUAAACUAAAUCCAUUAAUUGUUCAGAGAAGGAAGACAGUAGUGUAGCUAGAUUCUUAUCUGAGGCUCUAGAGCUCAGGGGAUAGGUAGGAGAAAUUGGGGUCACUAUUAGAAACCACACAGAAGACCAGGGCUUUAUCACAGCAUCAUACACAUUAUAGGCAUUUGAUAAAUUUUUUUAAAUUUAGGCCAUAGUAAUAGCUUCUGUUGACUCAGUGAUUACAAUAUGCUGGGCACUGGACUAAGACUGUCCCUACUUUAUAGACAAGAAGAGACACAGAGGUAACCAGCUAGGGAGUGGUGGGGCUGUUUUAAUUCCAGGAGUGGAGCUCUUAACCCUUGAGAAGAGUUUUCUGUGAGUGUCCUCAUAGAUAACAUGACGAUGUUUCACUUACCUGACGGUGGUGUCAAGACGUAUCAAAAUCUCACAGAAACAUUAAACUGGAACGGUAGUAUAAGGUGGUAUUGUGCCAGUCAUUGAAUAAUAGCCACUGGGAGGCCUCGUGUUUGGUGCUUUAUAAACAUUAAUGUCCUUAACCUUAGGGUAGCUCUACAAAGUAUCAGUAUUAUCCCCGUUUUACAGAGGAGACAGCAGGCUCAGUCAGGUUUAUACAACUUGCCCAAAGUCACAAACCUGGUAAAGACAUAGCUGGGACUGAAACCUGGGUCCAUCUGGCACCAAUAUCUCAUAUCAUGCUGCCUUUCUGUAGUUUUAGAAAUUGGGUAUAUCUUCACUGCUGUAAGAUAAUUUACCAGAUUUUAAAAAAUGUGCUGGAUCCAUUUGCUUAUUUCAUCUCUUUUAGGAGUUCAGAAAGUUUGCUAUUUGUAAUUUCUCAUUGUCCAUACAGUGGACAAGUGGCUGUUUCUCAGAGUUGCUUAAGACAGAGUAUCCAAAUUAUUUUUCCAAUAUUGAUUAGUCUUGUUAUAGAUUUCAUUCUGUUAUCUCUGUAUUACUUCCAUAUUCUGAGUUUGUGUUAUUUGAUUUAGACUUUACAUUUUAUCAGCAAAAGAAACCUUGUAAACUUUGCCUUUUGUAAGGAAACUGGCAGAUUGUUUACUACCCUUGUUCUUGUGUUGUCUUCCAAAGAUGAAAAAUAGGGGUCAGACACCUUAAAUAGGGUUAGGAAGUUACCAGGGAAUUGAGUAUUCUUUUAGGACUACCAAAACUUGAUUUACCACCUUUGUUCUGUUAAGUCAUCAUUAGUUCAAUAGUUGGGUAAUCAGUGCUGUGCUUGUUUUCUGAUCAGAGAGUAAUGUAGAAGGAGACUGUCGGCAUGAGCUGUCAUCUUGGCCAAGGAAGGCCAAUGUUCUCCACACCCUUACUGGAUAGUUAGAAGUAAGAUUUGGUAGUUCUCUGUCCUAAGAAAACUUGAGCCCGUGAAUGAGAAUAGCCCUACACAUUUAAACCAUCUGUUCCUUCAGGAUUGUUUUUCUUAGUGCCUUUGCCUUUAGAUGGCUUACUAUGGAGGUACACUUUACUGGCUAAUCUUUUCCACCCCUUUUCUUUUGUUGGGAUUAGUGCCAGAACAGAUAAAGCCCAGUGUAAGCCAGCCUCAGCCUGCCAACUCUAAUAACGGCACUUCCACAACAACCAGCACUAAUAAUAAUGCCAAGCGAGCCACAGCCAACAAUCAGCAGCAGCAACAGCAGCAGCAGCAGCAGCAGCAACAGCAACAGCAACAGCAGCAGCAGCAACAGCAGCAGCAACAGCAGCAACAGCAGCAGCAGCAGCAGCAGCAGCAGCAGCAGCAGCAGCAGCAGCAGCAGCAGCAGCAGCAGCAGGCCUUGCCUCGAUAUCCUCGUGAAGUACCACCACGAUUUCGCCACCAGGAACAUAAACAACUUCUAAAGAGGGGUCAGCAUUUUCCUGUCAUAGCAGCAAACCUGGGAUCUGCUAUUAAAGUGUUAAACAGCCAGUCAGAAAGCAGUGCUUUAACAAAUCAACAGCCACAAAAUAAUGGAGAGGUGCAGAACAGCAAAAACCAGUCAGAUAUAAACCACAGUACUUCAGGAUCCCAUUAUGAAAAUUCCCAGCGUGGACCUGCGUCUUCUACGAGUGACUCUAGCACAAACUGUAAGAAUGCUAUUGUAAACGACUCUUCUGAAAAAGAAGUAUGGCCCUCAAUCCCUGGCAGUGAUCCAGAGUUGGCUUCAGAAUGUAUGGAUGCUGAUUCUGCCUCCAGUUCUGAAUCACAGAGAAACAUCACUAUCAUGGCUUCAGGGAGCACAGGUGGUGAAAAAGAUGGUCUUCGGAAUAGCACUGGACUAGGUUCCCAAAACAAGUUUGUGGUUGGUAGCAACAGCAAUAAUGUGGGCCAUGGAAGUAGUACUGGGCCAUGGGGUUUUUCCCAUGGAGCCAUAAUAAGCACAUGUCAGGUCUCUGUGGAUGCUCCUGAAAGCAAAUCAGAAAGUAGCAACAAUAGAAUGAAUGCUUGGGGCACUGUAAGUUCUUCAUCAAAUGGAGGGUUAAAUCCAAGCACUUUGAAUUCAGCUAGCAACCAUGGUGCCUGGCCGAUAUUAGAAAAUAAUGGACUUGCCCUAAAAGGGCCUGUAGGGAGUGGUAGUGCUGGCAUCAAUAUUCAGUGCAGUACCAUAGGCCAGAUGUCUAACAAUCAGAGUAUUAACUCUAAAGUGGGUGGUUCUUCUACCCAUGGUACCUGGGGAAGCCUUCAGGAAACUUGUGAAUCUGAAGUAAGUGGUACACAGAAGGUUUCAUUCAGUGGUCAACCUCAAAAUAUUACCACUGAAAUGACUGGACCAAAUAACACUACUAACUUUAUGACCUCUAGUUUACCAAACUCCGGUUCAGUACAGAAUAAUGAACUGCCUAGUAAUUCAGGGGCCUGGCGUGUGAGCACAAUGAAUCAUCCUCAGAUACAGGCUCCAUCAGUUAUGAAUGGCACUUCCAUUUCUCACCUUAGCAAUGGAGAGUCAAAAAAUGGAGGCUCUUAUGGUACUACAUGGGGUCCCUAUGGUUCUAAUUACUCUGCAGACAAAGGUUCUGGCCCUAAUGGCCAAGCUAAUGGUGACACUGUGAAUGCAACUCUAAUGCAGCCUGGCAUAAAUGGGCCUAUGGGCACUAACUUUCAAGUUAACACAAAUAAAGGAGGCGGGGUGUGGGAGUCUGGGGCCGCAAGUUCCCAGAGUGCAUCAUGGGGAAGUGGAAAUGGUGCAAAUUCUGGAGGAAGUCGAAGAGGUUGGGGAACCCCUGCACAAAACACUGGCACUAAUAUACCCAGCGUGGAGUGGAACAAACUGCCUAGCAAUCAGCAUUCCAAUGAUAGUGCAAACGGCAAUGGUAAGAAGUUUACAAAUGGAUGGAAAUCUACUGAGGAAGAGGAUCAGGGUUCUACCACAUCCCAGACAAAUGAGCAAAACAGUGUGUGGGCCAAAACAGGAGGUACAGUGGAGAGUGAAGGUAGUACAGAAAGCACUGGACGCCUUGAGGAAAAAGUAACUGGGGAGAGUCAGAGUAGAGAUAGAAGAAAAAUUGAUCAGCACACAUUACUCCAAAGCAUUGUAAACAGAACUGACUUAGAUCCACGUGUCCUAUCCAACUCUGGUUGGGGACAGACUCCUAUUAAGCAGAAUACUGCCUGGGAUACUGAGACAUCACCUAGGGGGGAAAGAAAGACUGACAAUGGGACAGAGGCCUGGGGAAGCUCUGCAACACAGACUUUUAACUCAGGGGCAUGUGUAGAUAAGACUAGCCCUAAUAGUAAUGAUACCUCAUCUGUAUCGGGGUGGGGAGAUCCCAAACCUACUCUGAGGUGGGGAGAUUCCAAAGGCUCAAACUGCCAGGGGGGAUGGGAAGAUGAUUCUGCUGCUACAGGAACGGUCAAGAGCAAUCAGUGGGGGAAUUGCAAAGAAGAGAAGUCCACAUGGAAUGAUUCGCAAAAGAGCAAACAGGGAUGGGGUGAUGGACAAAAAUCAAACCAAGGGUGGUCCGUUUCUGCCACUGACAAUUGGGGAGAGACUUCAAGGAGCAACCAUUGGGGUGAGGCUAAUAAGAAAUCCAGCUCAGGAGGUAGUGACAGUGACAGGUCCGUUUCUGGUUGGAACGAACUUGGUAAAACUAGUUCUUUUACUUGGGGAAAUAACAUAAAUCCAAAUAAUUCAUCAGGAUGGGAUGAAUCUUCUAAAUCUAAUCCUUCCCAGGGAUGGGGAGACCCUCCAAAGUCUAAUCAGUCUCUAGGUUGGGGAGAUUCGUCAAAGCCAGUCAAUUCUCCAGACUGGAACAAGCAACAAGACAUUGUUGGAUCUUGGGGAAUCCCACCAGCUACAGGCAAACCUCCUGGCACAGGCUGGCUCGGGGGACCUAUACCGGCCCCAGCAAAAGAGGAAGAGCCCACAGGCUGGGAGGAGCCAUCCCCAGAAUCCAUACGUCGCAAGAUGGAGAUUGAUGAUGGAACUUCAGCUUGGGGAGAUCCAAGCAAAUACAACUACAAAAAUGUGAACAUGUGGAACAAAAACAUCCCCAAUGGCAGCAGCCGUUCAGACCAGCAAGCACAGGUACAUCAGCUGCUACCAUCUGCAAGUGCCAUCUCAAACAAAGAGGCAAGCAGUGGCUCCGGGCCAAAAUCUAUGCAAGAUGGCUGGUGUGGUGAUGAUAUACCAUUGCCUGGAAAUCGUCCCACUGGCUGGGAAGAAGAAGAAGAUGUAGAGAUUGGAAUGUGGAAUAGUAAUUCAUCUCAAGAGCUCAACUCAUCUUUAAAUUGGCCACCAUAUACAAAGAAAAUGUCAUCGAAGGGUCUGAGUGGCAAAAAAAGGAGAAGGGAAAGGGGAAUGAUGAAAGGUGGAAACAAACAAGAAGAAACAUGGAUAAAUCCAUUUGUUAAACAGUUUUCAAAUAUCAGUUUUUCGAGAGACUCACCAGAAGAAAAUGUACAGAGCAAUAAGAUGGACCUUUCUGGAGGAAUGUUACAGGAUAAACGAAUGGAGAUAGAUAAACAUAACCUAAAUAUUGGUGAUUACAAUCGAGCGGUGGGGAAAGGCCCUGGUUCUCGGCCUCAGAUUUCCAAAGAGUCUUCCAUGGAGCGCAGUCCUUAUUUUGACAAGAAUGGCAAUCCCAGUAUGUUUGGUGUUGGAAACACAGCAGCACAACCCCGGGGCAUGCAGCAGCCUCCAGCACAACCUCUUAGUUCAUCUCAGCCUAAUCUCCGUGCUCAAGUGCCUCCUCCAUUACUCUCCCCUCAGGUUCCAGUUUCAUUGCUGAAGUAUGCACCAAACAACGGUGGCCUGAAUCCGCUCUUUGGCCCUCAACAGGUAGCCAUGCUGAACCAGCUAUCCCAACUAAACCAGCUUUCUCAGAUCUCCCAGUUACAGCGAUUGUUAGCGCAUCAACAGCAAAGGGCGCAGAGUCAGAGAAGCGUGCCUUCUGGUAACCGGCAGCAGCAAGACCAGCAGGGUCGACCUCUUAGUGUGCAGCAGCAAAUAAUGCAACAGUCUCGUCAACUUGAUCCAAACCUGUUGGUGAAGCAACCGACUCCGCCAUCUCAGCAGCAGUCGCUCCAUCAGCCAGCCAUGAAAUCGUUCCUUGAAAAUGUUAUGCCCCACACUACACCUGAGCUGCAAAAAGGGCCAUCACCAAUAAAUGCUUUCAGCAACUUCCCUAUAGGCUUGAACUCAAACUUGAAUGUAAAUAUGGAUAUGAACAGUAUUAAAGAGCCACAGUCAAGACUAAGGAAGUGGACUACAGUGGACAGCAUUUCUGUGAACACAUCUUUGGAUCAAAACUCCAGCAAACAUGGUGCUAUUUCAAGUGGUUUCAGGCUGGAAGAAUCUCCAUUUGUUCCCUAUGACUUUAUGAACAGCAGUACUUCACCAGCCAGUCCUCCGGGUUCAAUAGGAGAUGGCUGGCCACGUGCCAAAUCGCCUAACGGCUCUAGCAGUGUUAAUUGGCCACCAGAAUUUCGCCCUGGUGAACCAUGGAAAGGUUAUCCAAACAUUGACCCCGAAACUGACCCUUACGUCACUCCUGGCAGUGUCAUAAACAAUCUUUCAAUUAAUACUGUGCGGGAAGUUGACCACCUCAGGGACAGGAACAGUGGGUCAUCCUCAUCCUUGAACACCACGCUGCCUUCAACUAGUGCCUGGUCAUCCAUUCGUGCCUCCAACUACAACGUUCCCCUCAGCAGUACAGCACAAAGCACUUCAGCCAGAAAUAGUGAUUCCAAAUUGACAUGGUCUCCUGGUUCAGUUACAAACACCUCUCUGGCUCAUGAACUGUGGAAGGUCCCUCUGCCACCUAAAAACAUCACUGCUCCGUCCCGCCCACCUCCGGGACUGACUGGUCAGAAGCCACCCUUGUCUACAUGGGAUAAUUCUCCCAUUCGUGUAGGUGGAGGAUGGGGAAAUUCUGAUGCCAGAUAUACCCCAGGUUCCAGCUGGGGUGAGAGCAGCUCAGGGAGAAUAACUAAUUGGCUUGUUCUAAAAAACCUCACACCUCAGAUUGAUGGCUCAACUCUGCGUACUCUGUGCAUGCAGCAUGGCCCACUGAUAACAUUCCACCUGAACCUCCCACAUGGAAAUGCUUUGGUCCGUUACAGUUCAAAAGAAGAGGUAGUGAAGGCACAAAAGUCUCUGCACAUGUGUGUAUUGGGGAACACUACUAUUCUUGCUGAGUUUGCCAGUGAAGAGGAGAUCAGUCGUUUCUUUGCACAAAGUCAGUCUCUGACCCCUUCUCCCGGCUGGCAGUCUCUUGGGUCCAGCCAGAGCCGGCUGGGCUCCCUCGACUGUUCCCACUCGUUCUCCAGCCGGACCGAUCUCAAUCAGUGGAAUGGUGCUGGGCUGUCGGGAACUAACUGUGGAGACCUUCAUGGCACUUCACUCUGGGGGACCCCACAUUAUUCCACAAGCCUGUGGGGUCCUCCAAGCAGCAGUGACCCCCGGGGAAUUAGCAGCCCAUCCCCCAUUAAUGCUUUUCUUUCUGUUGACCACCUGGGUGGGGGUGGAGAGUCCAUGUAACAGUGUAGAUGUCGACUCACAAACUGUGACCUCAAGACACGAAAGAAAGGAGCACUAAGUUGGGCUUGCAGCCUGCAGCCAGGGGCCACCUGUGGGAACCGCUAUUCUCUGCACAUUUUCCACUUUGUUUUCCCCAAAACAUAUCAGUUUGAAUACUUGAAUCAUGCAGGCCAAUAUUAUAAUGUGAAAAGGUAUCUAUCUAUUUACACUCCCAAACAGCGCCAUACAUGCUAAACCAUAUAGAAUGAGCUCACUUGUGUGUAUACAUCAUGUUUAGCCUUUGGAAUCUUUUUGUUCUUUUCCCCUCUUCUCUAUCUCCCCCUCCCCCUCCCCCUCCCCCACUUUUUUUUGUUUUGUUUUGCAAAACCAUUUUUUGGGCUGAUAAUGUAUGAGCUUUUAACUUUGCACUGAAUGAUGUUCUCUCCGGCUAAUCGGCAGUAUGGGGGGGGCAGCUGUUCCAGUGUAAAUGUUUACUCAAGGACGUUCUUAAAAGGUGUGCGCUCUCUACUAUGCCUUGAUGUUUGCCUACCUUAUUGUGGUAUUGUGGAGUUUAAAAGAUCAAGUUAUGAUACUGACUUAGGAUUAUUAAUGAAAGUAUUGCACCAGUUCUUUCAUGAUGUAAAACUAAAGAAUUUCGCUCUGCAGUUUGAAAAACUGUGGCCACAGCUGUGACUUGCAGCCCACCUGCCACCCAGGACGGGCCCUGCACUUUGAAUAGGCUUACCAUUUUGUUUUGAAGGUUCCCAUGUUGAACCUUCUUGUUUACAGAUUUUUUUGUUUGUUUUUUGAGAAAAAAAAUGUUUACUCUUUCAUCAUUUAAAAAAAAAUUAAAAGACAAAAAAAAAUGGAGGAUGAUUUAAAAGAUGCUUUCUAUCUCUGGGAAAAAGGCGCAGCAUUUGGCCAUGUUCUUUUGUUUUUUCUAUUCCUGUCCUAAAUCAAAGAGCAUGGUUCUCAGGAAAACCAGUUCCCCAGUUAAUAAAAACAAAACAAAAAAAAAAAAAAAAAAA